AUGCCAUCAAACACAGACUCGCACCUUGCAGAGAUAUAUCGCAAAUACAUACAAGCCAUUUGCGAUCAUGACCUGGACAGUAUUGCAACAUUUGUGGCAGAUGGUGUCGUCCACAAUGGAGCCGUACUCGGCCUACAAGGAUACAAAGACCUGUUGCUCAAGAACAUCGUCGAAACAGAUGUUCAGGUUGAGAUCAAACGUUUGAUCGCGAAUGAUGAUCAUGUUGCAGCUCUCCUCGUCUUUACCACCAAGACGACUACACUGGAGCUCAUCGGCAUCAAGCUUGACAAUCAUCCGUUCUCUUACACAGAAAACGUGAUAUAUGACUUUCGGGAUGACAAGAUUGUCGAAGUGCAUUCUCUGUUCGACAUUGACCGCAUCAGGGCUCAUGCGCUUAAGGCCUGA